AACAACACGGCGGACACAGUGGACGACCUUUUCCUGUUUGGUGAUGAUUGCGAAGCGAUUUUGGCCCUUUUACAAAACGAUGAAGCAAUCGAGGAGCAAUUUGCAGCAACAGUUGGCAAUGCUCAAUCGGCAGAUGUUGUUUGCAGCGACUGUGGAAAGCAAUAUAAGACAAGAGGGGGCUACCAAAGUCACAGGGCUGCUAAACGCAAUCCUACUGAAAACGAGAGACAGGAACAGGCGACUCUAACACCGAACUUUCUUGCUGAAAUAGUGCACAACGCUAUACGAAACGGAAACAAAACAUAGGCUUUCGCCUCAAGUCUGAGGAAUGAGUUGAACUUGUACAGAUACGAACAACCUUAUGAAGGUACUGAAG